AUGCCCUUCGCGACAGAUGUAACGUUCAUCGUCGAGCAAACCGAGAUCCACGCGCACAGGCUGGUGCUCGCCAUGCGGUCACCAGUGUUCAACGCAGGGCUGCUUGGGGCAAUGAAGGAGAGCGCGGCGUGCUCUCGCGUCACGAUAGACGACAUGAGCGCCUCAACCUUCAAGGCUAUGCUCUUCUUCAUCUACACCGAUGAGCUUCCAAAUUCUCACAAGUAUGAAAACCAAAAUGUGGGCGACUUACUCGUGGCUGCGGACCGGUACGAUCUCGAGAGGCUGAGGCUCAUGUGUGAGAAGAUCCUUGCGGAGAACAUGGACGCCGAGUCAGCAAUGCCAACUUUGAUGUUGGUCCAUGGACGAGAGAGGUGCCGGCUGCUAGAGGCCUCGUGCAUCGAGUACAUGGCGUCCGAUCCCGACGUGCACGCCGCCGUGCUGGCAACCAAGGAGUACAAGGAGCUCAAGGACAAGUGUGGCCCCUUUGUUACCGACGUCUUGGAGAAAGUAUCAGUGCGGGCAUUGGCUUCCCGUACAUGCAUGACAACUUCUGCUGCUGCUGCUCCUCCUCCUCAUCCUCCUUUUUGCUCGAAACAAAUCGGCCCGCAAAAGAGCGCGUCCAUGUUUAACUCGUCGGAGGUGUUCGACGGCACACAUGAGUUCAGGAUCCCUGACUUUACCGCCAUGCAGAAGAUACAUGGUGCGGGAGAAUGCAUCGAAUCUGGCAUUUUCCAUAUCGGCGGUUAUGAGUGGGUCGUAUGUGUAUACCCGUCAGGGUACGAUGGCCUGGGGUUCAUAGGCAUGCGCCUCCACAUGUUGAAUCCUCCUGUCACUACUACUGGUUGGGUGACGGCAACUUUCAGGAUAGAUGAUCCUAGUGGCAAGACGCCGCCAGUAAUCGCUUGGGCAGAAAGCUUGUACGCCCAAGGUACAUGCUUAGUGGUGAAAAAGUUCAUGGACGUCACAACUGCCAAGCUAUACUAUGUUAAAUAUGAUGGCUCACUCACCAUACACUGCAACGUGAAGGUCGGCAAGGGGUUCUCGUACGCUACUAGCGCCGCCGCCGCCGCAGCAGUGGGAGCCACGACGACCAUCAUUGCGCCGCCGUCCAACAUCGCCUGCCAUCUUGAGCGGCUGCUGGUUUGCCAGCAGUACUUCGACGUCAAGUUCCUUGUCAAAGAUAGCGAGGUCUGCGCGCACCAGCUUGUCAUCGCCGCGCGGUCGCCGGUCUUGCACAAAGCGGUAUCCUCGGCGCCCGACAAGGACCACGUAAGGAUAGACGACAUGGACGUCCCGACUUUCCAUGCCAUGCUCCAUUUCAUCUACGCCGACGAGCUGCCUCUGAUGAUGGGCUACCGAGCUGGAGACGCCACGACUAUCACCCGAGACCUGCUGGUGGCGGCGGACCGGUUCGGUCUAGAUAGGUUGAAGGCCAUGUGCGAGAACAUGCUGUGCCAAUGGGCCACGCCGGAGAACAUCGUGGCCACGCUAGACCUGGCAGAUCGCCUCCAUUGCCAAGCGCUCAAGGAGUUCUGCCUCGAGCAUAUCUCGCAGCCGCACGUGCUCAAGGAAGUGGUGGAAACUAAAAGCUUCAAGGAUCUCAAAGCGGCAUCCCCCCGCCUUCUAGAGGAGAUCAUCAUCAAAAUCUCCAACUUGUCAUCAAUUGAUUCGUAG